AUGACAACAUCACCAGCCUACAAUCCGGAGGUCCUGCUUCAGCAGGCUUCAAUGUCCAAUCUCCAAAGGGUCUUUGUUCAGCGAGACUUCACGGAGGGAACCGCUGUCCGAUUUCAGACCUCCCUUCCCGAGCGGUUGACGGGCAAGGCAAGUAUAUUUAGUGGGGCUGUUUCCUUGAAUUGGAUGCCAGCAUUGAAUUUGUCGUUUACACUUGAGUUGCUGUUUGCUGGACUGCUCUACUUGAAAGCCAUUGACUGGGUCUUAUCUCUUACUAUUAGACGUAUCCCACCGGAGGAGUUUGCGAAGGCCAUAUCAGACUUGAAUGCUAUGUUUGACAAAGCCGAAGCCCUAACUCCGGGUGUGGUUUGCGAGAACCUUACUGGCUGUCUCACGGCCUACCUCCUCUUCCUUUGUAUGCCUACACACUAUGAAAGGAUGCUGGACAAGAUUGCCUACCGUGUUAUUCAGCUCAAUGACCAAAUAUUUAUGCCCCACGGCCUACUCAUGAUCGACCCAGCAGAACGGGGUCUGCGAAUGAUUGAGAUCUGUAUCCUCAACAGCACCGACUCGAAUACCAGUCAACAAAUUUAG